AAGUUACAUUUUGCUCUCUGGAAUCACUUUUUAAAAAUCAAUAAUUAACAUAAGUUCAAUGGCACAAUCUCAUAUUUAUUACUUCUGUCAAUUGUGACUGUUAUGGAUCUGUUAUGGAAAACAUGGUGUUCCCUUUUCAUGUUUUUUAUUCCUGGUAAUCUUGUUGUGUGUCCUUGUACCAAAAAAGAGAGAAAAUUUUCAUAUUCAUUAUUGGGCAACUAAACAGAACAUUCCAUGUAUUAAAGAGAAGAUUACAAACUAAUUGUAGAGCACACAAGCCUUGAAUUUCUGGAACUUAAACUUUAGUUGAAGGAAAUCAUACAUAAAUAGAACAAUUAAAGUGUUGUGCAGCCUUUGUCAACUCUUAUAGUAUAGGGGUAUGUGGAAUAAAGAAGUCAUCAUAGUCAGUAAUUUGAGGUUUUCUAGUCCAAAUUUCUCAUUUUACAAUUUAGAAAACUGAACUUUAAAGAGAUUAACGUAUCAGGGGUAAGAAGGGGCAGUCAAAUAAGCCAGGACUCUUUCUCCUGGGUCACACUGAUGGGAAUGAUACAGAUUGGUACAGGGGUUGAUUUUUGAAACAAAGAGUGCAUAUUGUAUAUGUGUGUGUAAUAGCAAUAACAUCUAGCGAUUACACAGCAACUGUCGGGCUUACAAGCAGCACUUUCUGUAUUUUGUCUCAUUUGAUCCUCACAACGAUCCUGUGACGUAGAAGUUAUUAUCGAUUACGCAGAAGACAAAAAUGAGGCGGAUAGAAAUUAUGUGCUUUUUCGACUUUUUUCGACUCCAAGUCCAACACGAUCUUCUGCACCAUCUAGCUGCCCCUUUCAACAGGUCGGACAUCAUCUGCAGAAAUUGUAAAAUGGAGUGCAGAUCCACAAAGGGCUUUAUGCUGGGUGGUGCGCGGUGGAAUCGCAGCUGGAGGGCCCCUGACUUGACAGGAUGGUGACAUUUUGAAAUGGAAUUAGUCUUAGAAAUCACUAAUCCAUUUUUGUCAUGAGGCUCCUUUGGUAGUCCGGUGAAGCUUACAGAUGGACCUUUUCUCGGAAUCGCGUUUUUAGAUUCAUAAAAUAUAGAGGAUUAAAAAAAAAAAAAGGUCGGGGGGGGGGGAUAGAGAAAGAGAAAAAAGAGAAACAGAGAGAGAGACUGUCAUUCUGACAGGGGUCUCGGAGGCAGUAAAGUUGGCCCCCGGAUCAGAGAAGGAUAGAUCCGACUCAAAAGACGCAACCCUGAGGCUAUCACGUGGGAACAGCGCCUCAGAGACCUCAGGAUGCAUAUCUGGAGGAGGAAAGCCUUCUGUCUAGUACCAAAAAAAGAAUCGGCUUCUCGCGACUCGGAUUCGUGGGAAUCCCUAGGGCUUCAGGAGAUUUCAAAGGCAGAACGCAGAGCUUCCUUUCGCGCUUCUUCGGUUUCUGGCCCGGGAGGGUCACUUCCGGCACCAGAGGUCCCCGAAAGGCGGGGAGCACCAUUUGCUGCGGCCCCGGCGGAAGUGCGCUAAAGCACCAGUGUCGCUGCUUCCGGUCCGGGUAGAGCGGUAUUCCUGCUGCAAGGCUCUGUGGUUUGCGGGAGCCGGCUGAGGCUGGAGGAUCCCAGAGCCUAGGGGGGAGGGAGAGAGCGAGGUAUAGAGAACACGCGGACUCCCAGGCUGAUUCGGGGAUAGCCCGAUGGUGACGCCGGCAACCGAUCGCAGGCACAGAAGAAAGAGGGAACCGGAACGCGACCAGGCUACUGUUUCCAGGGGGGCAGCCUGCACGGGACACCCCCCGCCCCGGUAACGGCCGAGGAGGAGGAGGAGGAGAUGGCGCCGGCCAGGGAGCGGCCGUGGCCGAGGCAGUGAGAAGGAGCGAAGCCCGAGGAACCGGAGCCCCCGCGUGUGAAGAGCAGGAGCCGGCACCAUGGAAGGGACGAAGCCGAGUUUGCAGCUGGUGUACCAGGCUGUGCAAGCUCUCUAUCACGACCCGGACCCCAGCGGCAAGGAGCGCGCCUCGUUUUGGCUCGGGGAGCUGCAGCGAUCGGUUCAUGCAUGGGAGAUCUCUGAUCAAUUAUUACAGAUCCGGCAGGAUGUAGAAUCGUGCUAUUUUGCAGCACAGACGAUGAAGAUGAAGAUUCAGACCUCAUUCUAUGAACUUCCAACAGACUCUCAUGCCUCUUUACGGGACUCAUUGUUGUCACAUAUCCAGAACUUGAAAGACUUAUCUCCUGUCAUCGUAACUCAGCUUGCUUUAGCAAUAGCAGAUCUGGCCCUCCAGAUGCCUUCCUGGAAAGGCUGUGUGCAGACCCUGGUAGAAAAAUAUAGCAAUGAUGUAACUUCUUUGCCUUUUCUGCUGGAGAUCCUUACGGUUUUACCUGAGGAAGUUCAUAGCCGUUCGUUACGAAUUGGAGCUAAUCGUCGCACAGAAAUUAUAGAAGACUUGGCUUACUACUCAAGCACUGUGGUUUCUCUAUUGAUGACUUGUGUAGAAAAGGCAGGAACAGAUGAAAAGAUGCUCAUGAAGGCCUUUCGCUGCUUAGGUAGUUGGUUUAACCUUGGUGUCCUGGACAGUAAUUUCAUGGCUAACAAUAAAUUGCUAGCUCUUCUCUUUGAAGUUUUGCAACAGGACAAGACAUCAUCCAACCUGCAUGAGGCAGCAUCAGAUUGUGUGUGCUCAGCUCUCUAUGCCAUUGAGAAUGUAGAGACAAAUUUACCUUUGGCCCUACAACUCUUUCAAGGGGUCUUGACUUUGGAAGCAGCCUAUCAUAUGGCUGUAGCCCGUGAAGACUUAGACAAGGUUCUGAAUUAUUGCAGAGUUUUCACAGAACUGUGUGAAACCUUUCUUGAAAAAAUUGUUUGUACUCCAGGCCAGGGACUAGGUGAUCUCCGAACACUGGAACUGCUCCUCAUCUGUGCUGGUCAUCCCCAGUAUGAGGUGGUAGAGAUAUCCUUUAACUUUUGGUACCGACUAGGGGAACAUUUGUACAAAACAGAUGAUGCUGUUAUUCAUAGCAUUUUCAAAGCUUAUAUCCAGCGUCUGCUCCAUGCCUUGGCUAGACACUGUCAACUGGAACCAGAUCACGAGGGGGUCCCUGAAGAGACUGAUGACUUUGGGGAGUUUCGAAUGAGGGUGUCUGACUUGGUGAAGGAUUUGAUCUUCCUGGUUGGAUCUAUGGAAUGUUUCUCUCAGUUGUAUUCUACUCUGAAAGAAGGCAACCCACCCUGGGAGGUGACAGAAGCGGUUCUCUUUAUCAUGGCCUCUAUAGCCAAGAGUGUUGAUCCGGAAAAUAACCCAACACUUGUGGAGGUCCUAGAAGGAGUUGUCCGUCUCCCAGAAACUGUACACACAGCUGUCCGAUACACUAGCAUUGAGCUAGUGGGAGAGAUGAGUGAAGUGGUUGAUCGAAACCCCCAAUUCCUUGACCCUGUUUUGGGCUACUUGAUGAAAGGCCUGUGUGAAAAGCCUCUGGCCUCUGCUGCUGCCAAAGCCAUUCACAACAUCUGCUCUGUCUGCCGGGACCACAUGGCUCAGCACUUUAAUGGACUACUGGAAAUUGCCCGAUCCCUUGAUUCCUUCAUGCUGUCUCCAGAAGCUGCUGUAGGAUUGCUGAAAGGGACAGCCCUGGUCCUAGCCAGAUUACCUUUAGAAAAAAUUGCUGAAUGCCUCAGUGAGCUGUGUGCAGUUCAAGUCAUGGCAUUGAAAAAGCUGCUAUCUCAAGAACCUAGCAAUGGCAUUUCCUCAGACCCCACCGUGUUCUUAGAUCGCCUGGCAGUAAUAUUUAGGCACACCAAUCCUAUUGUAGAAAAUGGACAGACUCAUCCGUGCCAAAAAGUCAUACAAGAAAUUUGGCCGGUUUUGUCAGAAACUCUGAACAAACACCGAGCUGAUAACCGGAUUGUGGAACGAUGUUGCAGAUGUCUACGUUUUGCUGUUCGAUGUGUCGGUAAAGGAUCAGCAGCCCUCCUGCAGCCCCUGGUUACACAGAUGGUGAAUGUGUACCAGGUGCAUCAACACUCUUGUUUCUUAUACCUUGGUAGUAUCCUGGUGGAUGAGUAUGGGAUGGAAGAGGGUUGUCGCCAGGGCCUGCUAGACAUGUUACAGGCACUAUGCAUCCCUACUUUCCAGCUCCUAGAACAGCAAAAUGGCCUUCAGAACCACCCUGAUACUGUGGAUGAUCUGUUCAGACUAGCUACCAGGUUUAUCCAACGUAGUCCUGUUACCUUGUUGAGGAGCCAAGUGGUUAUCCCCAUCUUACAGUGGGCCAUUGCCUCAACCACCCUUGACCACCGGGAUGCUAAUUGCAGUGUCAUGAAGUUCCUACGAGACCUCAUCCAUACAGGAGUAGCCAAUGAUCAUGAAGAAGACUUUGAAGUUCGGAAAGAGUUGAUUGGACAAGUAAUGAAUCAGCUUGGACAACAACUUGUGAGCCAACUGCUACACACGUGUUGUUUCUGCCUACCCCCGUAUACCCUUCCAGAUGUAGCUGAAGUGCUCUGGGAGAUCAUGCAAGUCGACAGACCAACUUUUUGUCGUUGGCUAGAGAAUUCUUUGAAGGGUUUACCAAAGGAAACAACUGUGGGAGCCGUCACAGUGACACAUAAACAACUUACAGAUUUCCAUAAGCAGGUUACUAGUGCUGAGGAAUGUAAACAAGUUUGCUGGGCCUUGAGGGACUUCACCAGGUUGUUUCGAUAACUUGAGCUCCUGUAACUGUGCCUGUCUCCCAGGAAUGUCUUUUUAUUAGAAGACAGGAAAAUUGAAAACAAGAAUGUGUCUCACAAUCAGAAACCUUCCUUGUGGCAGAGGGACUUUUACAGCCUUUCACCAGUGCUGUCACAGCAACCAGGAGAGACUCUGGCCUCCUAGGGCAAUCCUGUGGGGAGUUCCUGUUUAUGAGUGAGAGGGCAAAUCGGAGUGAUUUUUUUUCUUUUUAAAGAAUUGGCUGCAGCCUGUCCAGCAUGGUGGGAGGGAAACUGGUUUCCUAAUGGACUUGUUUUUAGAAAGGGAAAAAAUAUUUAAAAAUAUAAAAACAAACAAAAAAACAGAAAAGCUAAAUGGAAACCUGAAGAAAAACAUUUGCCUGACAAAAACAAAAACAAAAAAAACAAACAAAAAAAACACCCAGAAACACCACACUCAAAGUAGUAAACUUUCUGUGAAAUGAAACAAAAACCACACAACAGAAUUACUUAUUGAAAUGAAUUAACCAAAUUGCUGCACUGGGGAAGCAGGAAAAAAAAACCAUCUUUGGAGGUGUUUGGUGGGAUUUGGGGCGGGGGGUGGUAUUUUGUUUUAUUUUGUUGGGGGCAGGGAUCCCAGUGGAGUAAGGAUUUCUCCCACCCUCCAAUUCUCUCCCCCUUUAAACUUGAUGUUCAGACAAGGAACAAUGAGCAUGACAGCUAGAGCUAGUCCUGACCUGUACCUGCGGUUCACCAGUAAGUCAGGGGAGGAUGGGAGCAUCAAAGUUCAAGCCCAUCCCACAACUCUGGUCCCAUUCAGACCCUAAGUCUACUUGCAUCUGGCUCAUCCAGUCGUUGUCAGCCUCGUGAAGAAGAGUCCAAAACUGGGGGAGUCAUAUAUAUAUAUUAUAUAUAUAUAUAUAAAAUUUUUCUCUUUUUUAGGUGUUUUUUUAAAAAAAAUUUUUGAGGUAUUUUUUUUUCUUUUUUUUUUCCCAGAUAUGGGAAAGAGGAAAAGGGGGUUGAGAUUUAAAGAGGUGUGUUUUACGGGGCUGACCAAUAACUAUUUUAUUCAAAGAUUUGAAAAUUAUUUGAUGAGGGUGGGGGGAACCAAAAGCAGAUUUUAACAUUUCAAAGCAGUGUAGCCCUGCACAGGUGUUGGACUUGAGUGCAUUGUUCCGUCUGGUGUUGUAGCCAUCUCGAGAACAAACCAACAACAACAAAAAAUAAACUGAAAAACAACAAAAAAAUAAAUUUAAAAAAUGUUAA